GCAAGCGACCUGCAAGCGACCUGCAAGCGACCUGCAAGCGACCUGCAAGCGACCUGCAAGCGGCCCGGCAUCUCCCAGGCCCAUACACCCACGGCACCGCCCGCACCCGCACCCGCACGCACCUACGGCUCCGCUGCAAGAUGGGAAAGAAGAAGGCAUUCAUCGACAAGUCCAAGGCCGUGCACUUCCAGGUCGUGCACCGGUCCCAGCGUGAUCCCAAGCUGGCCGACGAAGAUGCCUCCAAGAUGGUCCUGAAGCCCGUUGCGCCUUCGAUGAACGUCGUGAAGAAAGGACGAUAUGACCCCAAAGCCAUCGCAAACGACCUCGCCUCGGAACACGGCGAGGGAAUCUACUACGACUUUGAGGCCUCUGACUACGAUAGCGACGAGGAGGAGCUCAAGUUUGACGACGACGACGAUUAUGGCGACGGCGACUAUGAUGAUGACGAGCAAGACGACCUGGACGACGACGCUGAGCACGCUGCCGAAGACGACGAUGUGGAGCAGGAUAGAGAGACCGGCGUUGCCAAUACCAGCGAGCCGACGGCCGAUUCAGAGCCAGCGGCUGCCAAAAAGUCUGAGAAAAAGUCUGUGAAAGCCUAUGCUGCUCCUACCGCACGAGCAGCCAAGUCCCAGUCCAAACUUACAGAUGGCACUGCGGCCAGCGAGGAUGCCGCCAUGUACGGCAUCACCUUUUCGGACAUGGGCUCCUACGAUUAUCUGCAGCAUCUCAAGCCCAUGGGCGAGGAUCCCAGUGCCGUGUACAUCGAGGCCAAGUCGUCCAAGAAGCCCCAGAAGAAGAGCGGCAUUCAGUUUGUGGACGAGGAUGCCGCCAGUGAGAUCGCCUCGACAGCGAGGGGCUCCAAGCGAAAGGUCAACUUUGCUCUGCCGCAGGAUGUCCUGCCCUCGCGCUAUGAGAAUGCCGUGGGCAUGCUUAACACCGAGGCCGCCGUGCCGAUGAUCGAGCUUGACCCGAUUGUGCGAGACGCCAUGUAUGCCCUGGACGACGAUGCGUAUGUCGAAGACGACAUUGACGACUUUUUCGACCUGCUGAAUGCCGAGGAGCUCCCCGACGAGGUUCGCACGGAACUCGAGAAACGGGGCGAGCUGGAUGAGGAAGACGACGACUAUGACGAUGAGUAUGAAGAUGACGAUUACGAUGGCAGCGGAGCCGAGCGAUACCAUGAAGGCGACGAGCAGGAAGCCUCGAGUGGCGACUGGUUCAGAGAGUUCCAAAAAUUCAAAAAGGCACAGAGGAACCUCUCUGACGACGGCGAAGAUGGACAAUACAGCGACGACUCGGGCACAGCGCGCGGUGGGCCCUCUGACCGCAAGACUGCCCUGACCAACUUUUCGAUGACAUCCUCGGUCAUGUUCCGCAACAAGCAUCUGACGCUGCUCGACGACCGAUUCGAUAAGGUCAUGGAGGAAUACUCAGACAACGAGAUUGGCGAGCUGGAUGAGGAGCACCCCGAUGUUAUUGGCACGGUCUCGAUCUCGGACCAGCGACUGAACGAUCUGAUGGAUGAGUUUUUGGACUCGACCGAGAUGGUGGGCAAGCGACGCAUCGUCAAGAUCCCCGGCGGUGCCCCACUCAUGGACGACAUCCGCAAGGGUCUCACCGACGAAGUCGAUAUUCGCAAGGAUGUCGAGCGAGUCAUUCAAGAGGACGAAAGCCGCGAAGACAACGAUGAUGAUAUCGAAUGGCUGCGGACCGAGAAGGAAGAGGUCAACGACGGAUGGGACGCUGAAACCAUCCUGACGACCUACUCGAACGUCUACAACCGACCGCACCUCAUCAAGGACGGCAGGGUCAAGAUCCGAAUGAAGAAGGGCUUCCCUGUGGCAAUCCACGAAGAGCUGCAGGACAUGUCUCUCAAUGACACGGCCGGCUCGGAACAGCAACCCCAGACGGCGUUUGAACAGGACAGCGAACAAGAAGAUGAUGCUGAGGCGCGUAUCAACAAGGGUGCUAAGCGAGACAAGAAGGAGACCGCCGAAGAGAAGCGACGACGAAAGGAGCAGGUCAAGGCUGAGAAGCAGAACCGGAGGAUGGAGAAAAAGUCGACCAAGACGGCCUUCAAGGAGGAGAAGCAGCGACAGGAAGCCGUUGCGAUCACUCGCGAGAAGGCGGGCAAGUUCAUUCCCCUCUAGCGACUCGGCAAACCUUAGCCUGCACCUUGACUCCUCGUUCACGACCGCACCCCUCCCCCCUUUGUGGCAUCGUAAUUGCCAUUUGUAUGUAACCAAGUCUUUCAUGAAACACGCGACUGUCCUGUCCUGCAAC